AUGAUCGCUCGCAUGUUCAAUGCUCCUGGUGAGGGUUCUCAAGGCCACGCCAUGGGGCCAUCAUGUAUCGGUUCCUCUGAGGCUAUAAUGCUGGGUACUCUUGCAAUGAAAAAGUGUCAGUAUGAAGACGUACAAGCAAUCAACGAUUUGAUUGUCCAGCGCGGCAUCGAUUGUCCCAUUCAUGUCGACGCUCCUAGUACUGGGUGCUUCACAAGUCAUCAGUCAAACGCGGCUACGUGCCAUAAUGGUCAACCUCACCCGCACGCGGAUUAUCUCGGCGCAGCGCUGAAGGAAUUAGGUUUCAUUUUCAUGAGCGAUGGUCGUGGACAUGGGUUGCCUCUUGCGGCCUUCCGCCUGUCGCCCAAGCAGGGCUUUGAGUUUGGUAGGAGUGAAAUUUAUGGUGAUCAACUGAUCUACAGUCCUAGUUAUGAGUCCAGGAUCCUAGCCUGGAGAUCUUUUCAUAAAGCAACAGUGGUCUCGACUCUCCGCCUCAGGAAUUCUGGAAGAUGGAACUGCUCUGAUUCCAAGUCUGCUGCUGAAUGUUAUGAUUAUCCUCGAACUCUUAUUCUCCCUCAAAAGGAAAGAUUCCAGUACCCCUUUGAAUGA